AUGGCAGCAAAACGUCGCAAGAGCGAUAGCUCCAGUAGGCCUUCCAAAAAGCAGCAAGCUGCAAAAGACACCGAAAUUGAGGGAGCGAAAAUACCGCCGCUUCCAAGUCUUUAUAAACUAUGUGUGACGGAUGGAACGGAAGCUCAACAAAUGGAUAACAUCAAACAAUGGGAAGAAAGAGGUGCCUUGACUGAAGUAGUUUGGCCUUUCUUGGUAGAAAAUCCCAGUUCAAAACUAUUCUAUCAUGGGUGUCAUCUGCUGGUGUUGCUGAUCUCCCAUCAUUUUGCAGAGGGUAGUUUUCUUGGUACCUAUUCUCUUGAUUUCGUCAACGAUGAGACUACUACCCAGUCGGUUCUCGAAAAACUACUCUACAAAACAGAGCACAAGGACUAUUCUCUGCAAACGAAAAUCAUCCACUUUAUGAUUGUGGCUCUAUCCAGCAGCAACGAGAUGCUUUGCAAGACUGUUGUAAAGACCCUCAUUGGAGUGCAAUUGGUGCAUUGGUUGCCAGAUCGUCGGCGUGAGUUGGAGUUGAAGAAAAGUGCCGGGUUGCGCCGAAACUUUGCUCAGUCAAAAAAGGAAGAUAUAUGGCUAGUCCAAACUACGCAUCAUUUUCUUGAUCUCUUGGAAGGGCGUUCAGAAUUCGGACAGCUUGUCAAGAUUCAGAAGGAAGGCGUCGAUGCAGAUGAAAUGACAAUGGGCGUACCCACGGACGUUUGGAUUUUCAUCCAUCGAUAUCUAGAGUUAUUAAUUGAUCUGCUUUCUAUGGCAUCCUGUCGGCUUUUUCUGGUGCCGUACCUUGACGCCAUUCACUUUGCAAUCAAGUGUCGCCUUGCAGUUGGCAAUAAAUUUGCUGUCCCUGAGAAUCUGAUACUGGUACAACAUUUACUGGGACGGAUCAACAGUUUGUUGUCCUUUCCCACUGAGGAAAGUACACAGAAACAUCUCUCCAAAGUCGAUGUGGUGUCCAAGCAUCACUCACGUGCAACAAUUCUUCAGAAAAUGGCACAUCGUCAUUACCCUGAUGAACUGAAGGCCGUGAUUUAUGCAGGAGUUGGCCUCCUCUGUUCUGAUCAGGAGAGACGAUCAUAUCUCGAGCGAUGUCUGAUUGGUUUCUCAGAUGAAAGUUUACAAAAGCUCAUGUACAAGAUGUGUCUGCUUCCAGAGGACGAGAACGCUCUCAUGACACGGAGUUUCUUGGUUCAAGUCCUUUCAAACCAUUUAUCAAUACCUCCCUAUCCUAUGGAUCAACUGAGAUCAUUUCCGCUCUACCCAACCGAGACUACGCUUUGGGACCAUAACGUUAUUCCACCUUCCAAUCGCGAGCUUAGAAUAUCAUCCGUUCUGGCGCUUCCAAAGCUGAAUGCAAAGUACCUAUCGUUUCAAGACUAUUUAAUGCGCAAUUUUGAGUUGGUUCGAUUGGAGAGUGCUUAUGAAAUUCGAUCCGAUCUAGUAAAUGCUGUGAAGCGUGUUAGACCAUUACUGCGUCAAUCUGCAUUGGAUGAAUCAGAAGAUAUUCAGCUUUCUACAGAGUUUGCAGGAUGGUCGCGUAUGUCACUUGAAAUCGAUCAACCUCUAACGAUUACACAGGUUCAGCCACCGAAGCUUGGGGAAACUGUCAGCGCCAAAGUUACAGCAGAAGUUUCGAUCGACUUGCAACACUGCGGGGAUUCGAUCCGAGAGGAAUGGGAUGGCAUUGGGGAGCAUGACAACUUGUUCCUUGUCGCUGUUGAUGCUUCAAAAAUGAGUGGAAAGCCUGCGCCCUUAAUGAAGGACUAUCAUCUUCACCAUGGCAUACACAAAAUGUGGGACUCUGAUACUGGGGAAAAGCGAGUCCCUGAUGAUGAGGAUAGCACUUUCUGUGAAAGGUAUGGGAUAACUAUGGUUCGCGGAUGCAUGGUUCGAAGCGUGAGAAACGAGUCAGGAACAGUGCUGAGCGAGCCAGGUGUUGAGGUUCCAGAUGAGCAGCGAGCCAACACCAAAAGGAUAUUCAAGAUUGAACUGGACAGCGCUCAGUAUGUAAUGGAUCGGAAGUCUGGGGCUGGCACAGACUCGUACAAGGAUUUCAAUUUGAUCGUUCGACGACAUGGACGCGAAAACAACUUCAAGGCUGUCCUAGAGACGAUCAGGGGACUGUUAGAGGGAGCUGGUUCAAUUGAACGGGUCAUUCCACAAUGGCUCCAAAAGCUUGUUCUUGGAACAGAUGAUAAGACCGUAGCAUCCCACAGGUCAGAAUCUAUGAAAGAAUAUGCAGUGAAGACUGUGGGGGUCAAUAAACCAUCCGACUUUUUGGAUUUUGGUGAUACCUUUCUCAGCGAAAGCCAUCUCCGCGAAUCGUUUCAAGGCAAAAUGACAAUUGAUGGAAAAAAGAAGGCUACCAAGGGCAGCAAUGACAACCCUCGACGCAACUACAGCAUUCGUAUCACCGAAACCGAUGGACAACCUAUUAUGGAAGCAAAAUCUGAACCAUUCCCAAAGGGCAUCACGGGAAACCCAGUCAGGUUUACACCUUUGCAAGUAGAAGCUAUUCAUUCUGGACUCUCACCAGGUCUGACAAUGGUCGUUGGGCCCCCUGGGACAGGAAAAACUGAUGUAGCUGUACAAAUCAUUGCCAGUUUGCACCAUUCCUUCCCUACUCAGCGAACUGUUAUCAUUACGCAUUCCAAUGCCGCAUUGAACGACAUUUUCUCAAAGGUAAUGGCUCGAGGAGACGUCAACGAGAGAUACAUGGUUCGACUAGGUGCUGGUGAACGAGAUCUCGAUUUGGAGUCUACUCAUGACUUUACAAAGAUUGGGCGUGUGGCAUAUUCCAUUCAACGUAGAACAGAGCUGCUCGAAAGAGUUCAACAGCUAUCUGAGUCCUUAGGACUCAGUGGUAAGGCAUCUCGUGGUGCUGACGGCUCACCAUCGUACACUUGCGAAAGUGCCGAGUACUUUUACAAGCUGCAGGUUUCAAAGGCAAAAAGAGACUUUGACGCCAAAGUGGAAGCCCUGACUGCUGAAAAGGGCAGCGAACCUGAUGUCUCAUCAAUAUUCCCUUUCUCAAAAUACUUCAAGGUUGAAGGGGAAAUCGUCGUAGCUGAUGCAGUAUUGUACUUUCAGCAACUUCAAGGCAUCUUUGAAGAGUUGGCAGAGUACCGUCCAUACGAGGUUCUUCGUUCUCAACGCCAACGAGCCAACUAUUUGAUCACCAAGCAGGCUCGAAUCGUUGCCAUGACGUGUACCCACGCUGCCAUUGCCCGGUCAAAUCUAAUCGAGUUGGGCUUUGAGUAUGACAACAUCGUGAUGGAAGAGUCUGGCCAGAUGAUGGAAAUUGAAUCGUUUAUUCCAUUCCUUUUGCAACGCGGCAAAACUGACGAUUCAGUCGCAGGCUUAUCAAGGCUGAAGCGUGUAUGCAUGCUUGGAGAUCACAACCAACUCCCCCCAGUUGUGAAACACGCAGCGUUUGCAAGAUUCAGUAAUUUGGACCAAAGUCUUUUCACUCGGCUCAUCAAGCUUGGUGUGCCAUACAUCCAACUGGAUAAACAAGGACGAGCAAGACCGGAAUUGAUGAAACUUUAUAGUUGGCGAUACAAUAACCUUGGCAACUUACCUCAUGUUCAGAGCCGACCAGAAUUCCAACUUGCCAAUGCCGGAUUUGCCCACACAAUGCAGCUUAUCAACGUGGAGGAUUUCCAAGGUUCAGGUGAAUCCUGUCCUACGCCAUUCUACUAUCAAAACCUUGGCGAGGCGGAAUACGUUGUGGCCUUGUUCCAGUACAUGGUUCUAAUUGGUUACACACCGGGACAAAUCUCCAUUUUGACCACCUACAACGGGCAGAAGGAACUGAUAUCUGACAUUGUGUCCCAACGUUGUGGUGCCGGAAUGCCACUGGAAGGAAUCAGACCCCGUAACAUUUCCACAGUUGAUCAAUAUCAAGGGCAACAAAAUGAUAUCAUUCUGCUGUCGUUGGUUCGAACCAAGACAGUCGGACAUUUACGCGACGUCCGUCGCCUGGUUGUGGCUGUCUCCAGAGCUAGACUUGGUUUGUAUGUGUUUUGCCGUGAGGGGCUCUUUGCCAACUGCCAUGAGUUGAAAAAUACCAUGCAGCAAUUCGAAGACAAGCCCAGCAAAUUGCAAUUGAUCUCGGGUGAAACCUUACCUUCGGAGCGAACGUUGGAAGACGAUAUCCCCAGCGACAAGGUCUUUGACGUGCAAGACGUCAGUCAUCUUGGUUCCAUUGUGCACUCCAUGCAAGAACAAACCCUGGAAGGAAUGGAAGACCCACCUUCCGAGUAA